CGAGCGCUGCAGACACCCCCUCGCAGGAGCGAUCUCCGGGGAUUAUUUUCGCCCCGCUAGAUUCUCGCUAUUGGCGGACGAAGGAUUCCGGACAUGUGGACUUCCCGUGAGAGUCAGGGCCAAGUGGACAGGAAGACAGGGAGCGCGUUGUGAGAGAGAGACGGUAGAAGCAAAGAGACUUCGGGGAAACGGGAGAACCCGGAGCGUGGAGCUCAGCGGAUGUUAGUAUCCCCACACGGCACAGACUGAACGAGUAACAACAUAUUCUUUGAUUUAAAAAAAAAAAAAAAAGAGAAAGAGAGGGCCGAAGGGUCUCAAUCGGCACAGUUUGCGAUGAAGUGAGUGGAAGCGCGGUAACUUCGCCAUGAAAUCAGUGUUCUUCAGCCGCUUCUUCAUCCUGCUGCCUUGGGUCCUAAUAGUCAUCAUCAUGAUUGAUAUCGACAGCAAAAGGACGAUCUGGACUCCGGUCGGUGUUCCGCGCAACAGGGCGCACUGGGCGAACCGAACACCUGGACUCGGUGGUCCUAAGAGCGCCCCUGCUCUGCCGGUCAUCUACGCUAUCACUCCGACGUACACGCGCCCGGUGCAGAAAGCCGAGCUGACCCGACUGGCGCACGCUUUCCGCCAGGUGCCCCGGUUCCACUGGAUCGUGGUGGAGGACUCCACGGGGCGCACGGACCUGGUGAGCCGGUUCUUAGCCCGCUGCGGUGUGCCCUACACGCACUUGCACGUCUUCACGCCGCGCAGGUUCAAGCGCGCCGGGAUGCCCCGUGCCACCGAGCAACGGAACCUGGCUCUUGGGUGGCUCAGGCAACACCGGACACGCCGAGACACGGGGGUGGUCUUCUUUGCGGACGAUGACAACACUUACAGCCUGGAGCUGUUUGAAGAGAUGCGGAACACUCGAGGUGUGUCUGUGUGGCCAGUGGGGUUUGUGGGCGGCAGAGCAUAUGAGCGGCCACUAGUGUCGGGGGGCAGAGUUGUAGGCUGGUACACUGGCUGGAGACCAGAUCGUACCUUUGCCACUGACAUGGCAGGUUUCGCUGUGAACCUCCAGGUGAUCCUGGCAAAUCCGAGGGCACAAUUCAAGAGACGGGGAUCCCAGCCCGGAAUGCAGGAGUCCGACUUUCUUAAGCAGAUUACAAAGUUGACGGAAUUGGAGCCCAAGGCCAACAACUGCACUCGGGUGCUGGUCUGGCACACGCGCACCGAGAAACCACACCUUGGAAAUGAGUCCAAACAUCCUAAGGACACAGUUGUCAUCGAGGUGUGAGAUACGAAGAGAAGUGUAUUUAAAACUUCUGGAUUACGACCACAUGGCCGGCAACAUAAAGCUCACUCUGCGAAAUGAAUAACAAGCUAACACCGAGGAAGUCGAGAACUGUCAAGAUGAACAGCGAGACCUGGACAGCAUUGAACAAUUUGGAUCCUUCAGGGUUGACAAAGGGGGUUGGAGCCAAUCCCGGGUGACCCUUGUCUUGACUGAUCACCUUAUCAACUACUGAGCAGCAAUGGAAAUUUUGAAGCGUCAACCACUACACCAACAAUGACUGCAAACUGUACAUUUCUUCCCUACUUUGUUGUAAAAGCAAAAAUAAAAAUCCGCAUUGUGUUUGAGUCCAAAUGUGAUUUUUAUUUUGAAGCAUGGGUGGAGGUGUGUCUCUAAUGUAACCCAAAACAAUCAAGACUUGUAGUCUGUUUAAAAGUACGUGCCAACAUUGUCUGACAUGAUUAUUGUAACAUUUCAAGACUUCUGAAUGAAUUCUCUUUCAGUUCUGUUUGAGCAAUGUUUUUUUCUUCAUCUGUUCCAACAAAGAGACAAAAACGUGCUUCGGGAGAUGCCCAUAAAGUGAAAUGGAGUUCAGCAUUUAGGCUGGAUUCAGGCUCAACCAGAUGAUGGCCUAAAGAACAUAGUAACAACAAUGUCAAGUUGAAUUGAAGUACAUAAAGUAUGCCCUUCUGGGUAACAUUACUUUGAUAAAUGCAACACUGGAAUGGAAGCAGGAGUCAGAACAUUCCGAUUGUCAGUGAAGGAUGUAAAAUGUCAAAUACUCACCACUUAUAAGAGGGGGGAGACACAUUUUCUAGUAAUAGAAGCAAAGAGAGAAUGAUUUUGGGUAGGAAUCCUGUAAAUUGCGAAGUGAAGUGGUCCAGGCAGUGAGCCUUGAGGUCCCCUGAAGAGGUCAUGGAAUACACACAUAUGACUGCUUUACAACGCAGCAACCAGGGAAGUAUUCAAUCAAAUACUUGUUUUGAUACGUAAUACUCACACCAUAUAUACUUUGAUAACUUGGCUAGUCCUG